AUGGACAAAGUCUGGUUCAAGCUUCGGCAGACACACUACCCUCCCGGCCCAGAGAAGGCUAUCCUUGCCGGCAAUGGAGACGACUCGCACGCGCCCCUCUGCUUGGGCCAUUGCAUCGCAGACCUGAAGCACAUAGACUUCCCCAUCAACUCCGGCGCGGUGGUGGCGUUCCCGAUGCGCAUGAACGUUUUUCAGUCGCAUGUCAUUGACUUCAAGUGGGAGCGCACCAGCGGCUUCGCGACGUCUUUGGCGCUUGUUGCGAGUGCGCCUGUGGCCGCGGCGCUGGGGUUGGGGACGGUCAAGGCGAGUGUUGGUCUUGCGUUUAAGAGGUCUGUUAGCAAGCAUGAGGAGUAUGAACGCCUUGAUACGUAUAUUGUUCAGCCUAGUCGGCGCUAUGUCGAGCAGUGCCUUGAGACGGAUGAGCUGAAGAGGUAUAUUGGUAACAAGGCGGAUUGGUCAUUCUUCUUGAUUACAGGGAUCAGAGUUGCUCGAGCGGGGAAGCGGUCUGGCGAGAGUACGAAGAAUGUAGUGGCCAGAGGGGGGCCAGAUCAAGCUUAUGCUGAGAGCGGCACCCUCGACAGGACAGAGAAGAUUGAAGAGGGCAAGGUUUCCGAUUUUGUUUGGGCGAUUCGCCUUGCUAAGAUACAUAAGGGAUUUCUUAUGACGGACUGGUCUAUGGGUCCUUAUACACGCCGUGCUACCUUUGGCCAGGAGGGCGAGCAGCAGGUUGAUGUUGGCGCUGUUGUUGAAGGAGAGGGAUUGAGCUCUUUUCAAGUUGUUGAAGAUGAUGAUCUUGGUGAAGCUAUUGUGAUGGACGCGGAGCAAUGGGGUAACGACUAA